GUGUGCUUCCACAGUCACUUUGAAAUUCCAAAACAUGUUGUUUUCUACCACAAAAGACUCAGAGUUUGCAUAUUUGGAAGAUAUUCAACAAUACCUUCUUCAUGAUGAUUCCAACAUUCAUACACCACAUCAACAAAUUCAAAGCCCUAACAAUGAUUCAAAGACAACUGCAUCUAAGCGCGAAGUGAAGGCGCCUCCCACAUGGAAGCGUUACAGAGGCGUGAGGCGUAGGCCGUGGGGAAAGUUUGCCGCAGAGAUAAGAGACCCAAAAAAGAAUGGUGCUAGGGUUUGGCUUGGUACUUAUGUGACUGAGGAGGAAGCAGGUUUUGCUUACGAUAAAGCUGCUUUCAAGAUGCGUGGCCAAAAGGCCAAGCUUAAUUUUCCCCACCUCAUUGGCUCUGAUGUGUACAUGUCGGAGUCAAAGAGGAAGGUGGCUUUGAAACGGGAAUCACCAGAGCCUUCUUCUUCAUCGGAAGAUAGUUGUGAGUCAUCGUCACCAGGAUCGAAGAGGAGGAGCAUGGUUGACCUACUUAACAAAUUAGCCAAGAAUAGAAGCCAAGUCAUGGUGGUAGAAAAUGAAAUGGCCUCACUAGAAAAUGAUGUUGAGCAAUGGGUGAAUGAGUUGAGUGAUUGCUCCCUAAUAUGGUGCUCUUAAUUAUCGUAGCUAUGUUUAUUUUAAUUUUUCUAUUUCUGCAGCUCCUAAGUUAUUUAGGUUUUUGCUGUAAGUGCAGCUGUUCCUAGAAUAAGUUUGAGAUAAUUUUUGCAUAACCCUGAUGUUAUACUAUGGGGGUUAUGUUUAAGCAUAGCUACGACUAUAUUGUAAUUUUUUCAACAGAUCAUUUCUUUGGAUCUGUU